GCCAUAUUUUCGGAUAAAAAUGUUCAUCGUCUUGCCUAUACGACGGCGCAUUUUUUAAACAUCCAAACAUGUAUGAAACAGAACUUGAUCUUUAUCUUCCUCUCGCUGUUAUUAAAACGGCGUUACAAAACUGUCAUCUGGCUGAAAGCGAAAUUAUUGUCAAUAAAACCACCUGCAACUGGGAAGUGUAUUACCCCAAUCCCUUGGAAGUUUUUAAUAAUACAAACACAAAUCGUGCUUCAUUGGCAGAUGAUAGACGAGAUGGCCCUUUUAAGCUUUCUACUGUUCGGUUUAAAGAUUUUAUUAAAAUAACAUUCCAGAGCAUGCAUUACUGUGUGGUAGAUGGGAGGAAAACAUGUGUAGUGGAAACGAACUCGAUGCCUCUCGGAUUAGACCAUGAAAUCAAUAAGGCUGGUCCAAGAUGUGAUAUUGAUGAUAAUUGCAUUAAAAAUCAUUCAAUACCAAAAGAAAACAAUGAGAAAAGAAUUUGCUUUAGUGAUUCCAGCUGUGAAAUGACUACAAGAAAACGUCGAGGCAGACCUAAAAAGUCAAUUGUUUGCGAUGAAUCAUCUUCGGAAAAUGGAAUUAAUAUUAUGCAAAAUGAGAAAUCAAGAAAUUCGAAACAUAUUUAUCAUAACCAUGAAGAUAAUUUUAAAGAAAAUGAUUUAUAUAGAAAAUCUAGUUAUAGUUUACGUGGGAAGAAGGUAAAUGCAAAGAUAAUCCAAGCUGAAAUGGGCCAUUAUAGCUCUGAUGAUAGUGAUCAUGAAUGUAAUCCAAUGGAGGGAGACUUGGACAGCACAGAAAACAAUUCGUUUAAAGAUCCUUGUUAUGUUGAAUAUCAUGAAAACAAAGAAGCCAGACAAACUACACGUGCUAAGCAGGUGAAUUGUGAACUCUGUGACAAGAAAUUUUGUGAUUACACUGGGGUGCAUACACAUGUUUUGAGAAAACACAAGCACCAUCACGAGUUAACAAAAUAUCUAGAGAAACUGAAUGAUCUUAAGAAAGUUGUGUGUGACUUGUGUUUGAAAGAAUUUCCAGACAGUUUUAAAUACUUAUAUCAUGUCUCUAGUGAACACUCCUCAGAAAGCACUGAUCAUUCGUGUAAAACAUGUCUUCUAUCAUUUAAAACUAACAGUUUGUUGAAACAGCAUGUUAAGCAUGCUCAUUUAAUCACCAGUAAACAGUUUACAUGCAAUAUAUGUCAGACAAAGUUUAAGGCAUUUGGGUCCCUAAAACAGCAUGUAGAGGCAGUUCACAAGAAGAGUCGUGUCUUCACUUGUCAACACUGCAACAAACACUUUUUCUUCAAUUCACAGCUUAAUCGACACCUGAAAAUUCAUGGUCAAAAUGAUGUACAGAAAUUUUCAUGCAACAUUUGCAACAAAGAGUUUCGUUUCAAACAUAACUUAAAGAGACACAACGAAACUCUACACUCUGUUCAACUGGAAAAAUGGCAUUGUUCGUACUGUGGAAAAGGAUUCCAUACCAAGUACGGUAUGAUAUCUCAUGUUAAAUUACAGCACUUCAGCCUAUUGCCUUAUGUAUGCCAGGUAUGCAAUGCUGGUUUUAUGAAAUUCAAUCUUCUAUUUGAACACCUGUCAACAGUGCACGGUCAAAACAUUGUCAAGGUCAACAAUCCACCCAGACAUACCAUAUACAAUAAGCAAGAUAAUGAAAAACUCUACUGUUCUUACUGCAGCAAAGAAUUCUUGCACAAAGUGCGGUUGAUUGAACAUAUGCAUUCUGAUCAUGCCAACGACUUUCCUUGCAAGUGUGAAACUUGUAAUCAAGGCUUCCUGAAAAAGUCGUUUCUGGUAAUUCAUGCCCUGAAGGCUCAUGCCAUGUUACUCGACUUGAAUGAUGCUGAUGAUGAAAAUAUGGGAACAGGGAAUAUAAUGCAGGUGAUCUCAACUGGAUCAGUAAUGCCCAGUAAAGCAGGGGAGCAAGAAAAAUCAACUGAUAGCUUGGUACCUGAUCAACACUUUUUUUGUGACACAUCUGCACAAGUAACUGAAGAUGCAAACCCCCUGGUCAGCGGGGCAACCAACACUCAAGAGCUAGAGACAGAAACCUGCCAGUCCACGCUGAUGGUGGAGGUUGCCAGUGGUGACAAGACCUACACUUACAUAAUAGAGGCCCCCUCCACUCUGGGCGAUGGCCAAACACUCACAGUUACAGAGGACCUAGCUAACAUUCUGGUCGCUGCUGAGCAGUCUCUACAACAGGAGGAAAGCACUGUAGGCUAUCAAGAACAGGUGUGUAACCUUGUCCAUCAAGAGCCAAUGCAGACAGGUCUUGCGGAGACUGUGUACUAUGAACUGGAUGGUUCACUGGGUAUCCACAACAAUUUCAGUGUAGAAGUUCAAAGUACUUGUGAAUCAACACAACAAUAGACUAAUGUAAACAAUGUUACAAAUGCUGAAUUUAGAGACUUGAGGCAAAAACAGGAACUCGAUCCAAAGUGUUUGAAGUUUCAAUGGAUAGUAUGCCUACACAUACGUGUAUGGCGCUCCGGGAAAUUGGAUUAUAAGCACGUGUGUAAAGUUUUGUCUCAGAUUACCCUGUGAAGUUUACACAUGUUGCCAUGGCAUAGUGGAUAUGGUGGAUAUGGUGUCCGCCUAGCGACUGAAAGGUCAUGGGUUUGAUCCACACUGUUGAAGCGUUCUUUAUAUCUCUCCCAUUGACACCAAGUUAGAGCACUACAAAACAAAUCUGAAGAAUUGAAGUAAACAUACAUCAACAGCUAAUAAGUGCAAUCAGUGAGGUCAAACACCAGUGUUGAAGUAAAGAGACUUUGGAGGCAACAUUUUAGUUGCCUUUAUAUAAAAAUAUGAAAUGUUCAAUAUUAAAACGACUGAUUUGAUAUGAAAAUUUGCAAUUUAUGGUUUCUUUGUGAACACAAUUUUGUAUGCUCUCUGCAAAAGAUUAUUCUUAACAAAUUGUAUACGCUGCCAAUUUAUUAAUGAAAUGUCUACUUGUUCUAUCAGUUUGAUGUAAAUACAUGUAAUCUGAUUUAUCCAUUAGCAUUCUGAUGAUUGGGGGAUAGACGUCAGGAGCUCAUUAAGUAUCAUACUACACAUUUAAGUUAUCAUGCAAUGUUAAGAAGUAGUAUAUUAACAAAGCACCAACCUCAAUAAGUUAAUUAUGUAAUUAGUAAUGUAUUAAUUCAGUAAAUCUAUUGAUUUACCAAAACUCAUUCAUGACUUUUAUUAUGCCCCCGGUAGGGUUGCAUAUAGCAGUUGAACUGUCCGUCAAUCAGUAUGUCUGUAUGUGUGUAUGUCAGUCUGUCCGUCCGUCUGAAAAAAACUUUCAUGUUGGCCAUAACUUUUACCUUAUGGAAGAUAGAAACUUGAUAUUUGGCAUGCAUGUGCAUCUCACGGAGCUGAACAUUUUGAGUGGUGAAAGGUAAAGGUCAAGGUCAUCCUUCAAGGUCAAAUGUCUAAUAUAUGACAUCUGUCCGUCAGUCCAAAAACUUAAACAUUGGCCAUAACUUUUUCACUAUUGAAGAUAGCAACUUGAUAUUUGGCAUGCAUGUGUAUCUCAUGGAGCUGAGCAUUUUGAGUUGUGAAAGGUAAGGUCAAGGCCAUCCUUCAAGGUCAAAUGUCAAAUAUAUGGCAUAUGUCCGUCCGAAAACUUUAACAUUGGCCAUAACUUUUUCAAUAUUGAAGAUAGCAACUUGAUAUUUGGCAUGCACGUGUAUCUCAUGAAGCUGCACAUUUUGAAUGGUCAAAGGUAAGGUCAAGGUCAUCCUUCAAGGUCAAAUGUCUAAUAUAUUGUGUCUGUCCGUCCGUCCAAAAACUUUAACAUUGGCCAUAACUUUUUCACUAUUGAAGAUAGCAACUUGAUAUUUGGCAUGCAUGUGUAUCUCAUGGAGCUAAACAUUUUGAGUGGUGAAAGGUGAAAGUCAAGGUCAUCCUUCAAGGUCAAAUGUCGAAUAUAGGGCGUCUGUCUGUCCGAAAACUUUUAACAAUGGCCAUAACUUUUUCAAUAUAGAAGAUAGCAACUUGAUAUUUGGCAUACAUGUGUAUCUCAUGAAGCUGCACAUUUUUAGUGGUGGAAGUUCAAGGUCAAUGUCAUCCUUCAAGGUCAAAGGUAAAAGUUUUUUCAAAGAGGCGAUCUCAUGAAGCUGCACAUUGUGAGUGGUGGAAGUUCGAGGUCAAGGUCAUCCUUCAAGGUCAAAGGUCAAAAAAAUUAAUUUAAAGCGGCGCAAUAGGGUGCAUUGUGUUUCUGACGAACACAUCUCUUGUUGUAUGAAAGUUUUUAUCAUAAAUGAACAUAAAUGUUAUGAGAAAUAAAUUCAGUUGAAGCAUAAA